AGCGUUUCCUGGGAGACUCCAAUACAACACACACUAGCAGUCGUUUCUACCCGCACUCAUAUUCAGGUGGGUCACUGCCAAGAGAAGAUCCCUUGUGUCGCCCAUCUGCUCCCAUAGAUUAGGAAUAAUCUGAUGGAAAACAGAAGAGUGUAGGUUUUUCUGCUUCUGUCGGCUGCAGUCGUUACUGUUUCCUUGUGAACAAACGACUAGAAUUAUAAUGUAACAGUCGCUGCCUGUAACAAUGCGGCUCCCUCUCUGUCUUUGGCCCUCCUGCUGUUUGCAGCUACUGCUGGAGGGCCAACACUCUACAGGGUAUAAACUUUACCACAAAGGGACUAUAGGUUGUGUCCUAAUGUGACAUGUCAGGCUGACCUACUGGAGACACUUACCCCAUGUGCGACUGCUUCCCAGACGCCCAGAUGAGCGACGCGUUGUCCCUGCCUUGCGACUGAGUGCAGAGCAGACAGCAGAAUGUAGAGGGUGCACUCCCAAGCCUUGCCUCCCAGCGCAGCAAAUGAUUGCUCACAACACACACGCUCUGACUCCACUGCAACAGCAGAUGCAUCGGAUUUAAGCGACAGAUCCUCAGCGACUUGCUGGAGCCCAGUACCAUCUCCUCCUCCUCCUCCUGGUAUUACUCUAGAACCCCUGGCCCUGCUACAUCACAAUGUCCAAGAGAAGACAGGAGACAAAGGAGCCAAAAUCCACAUUAGCUUCACGCCUGGGGUACGUGGAACAUCAUGACACCACUUAGAAGGACCAGGGUUCCGCUGAAGAUCCUCCGCUGAAGAGCUUUUGCUGGUUCCGCGGCUGAGCAGAGCGACCAAUGGCUGGAGACAAGGGUUGAGGAGCCGGUGCCUUUGGAAAGCAAACUGGGAGCUUUGGGCUUAGAUGGGCGCCACUUUCUUAUGAGACCCACCAGCAUGGAGAACACAACGACCACCAACAGCUCUCCACUCCCUUCCUCGGAACCCCACUUGGUAAGGGGAGUGUGGCCCUAUUCUAUGACUUCUGUGUGGUGCUUGGCAGCCAUAGUGGGCUUUCUCAUUAUCUUUACCAUCGUGGGGAAUGUUUUUGUGGUGAUUGCGGUGUUGACCAGCAGAGCUUUAAAAGCCCCCCAGAAUCUGUUCCUGGUGUCUUUGGCCAGUGCGGACAUCCUUGUGGCUGCCUUGGUCAUGCCCUUCUCUUUGGCUAAUGAACUCAUGGGAUAUUGGUAUUUUGGCAGUGUGUGGUGUGAUAUCUACCUGGCCUUGGAUGUUCUCUUCUGCACCUCCUCAAUAGUUCAUCUGUGCGCCAUCAGCCUGGACAGGUACUGGUCGGUGACCCAGGCUGUUGAGUACAACCUCAAGAGGACCCCUCGCAGGAUUAAGGGCAUUAUCGUUACAGUUUGGCUCAUAUCUGCCGUCAUAUCCUUCCCACCCUUAAUAUCCAUGGACAGGGACACUGAGGACCAUGUGUACCCCCAGUGCAAACUCAACGAUGACACCUGGUACAUCCUUUCCUCUUGCAUUGGCUCUUUCUUUGCGCCCUGCGUAAUCAUGAUCUUGGUCUACAUUCGCAUCUACCAAGUGGCCAAGCUGAGGACGAGGACUUUGUCAGAGAAGAAACCCACCAGGGACGGUUCUUCUCACACAGAGAACGGCUUCAGCAAGGGGACCUCUGUCAAAAUGCCAGGGGACAACAAGGAGAACGGCCACUGCCCAUCGCGUCCCUCCCCUCCAAAAGCCACUGAUGUAGACGAUGUGGAACUAGAGGAGAGCAGCAUGUCUGAGAGCAAGCGCAGGAAAAGCAGCAGCAAAGAGGACAACACUGACUCCAGCAAGGAGAGAAAGUGCAGCAAGGGCAACUCCUUCUCCAAGCAGUCCAGUCGCCUGUCCCGUUCCAGCAACAAAUCUAUGGAGCUCUUCUCCUCUAGGAACAAGAAGAAGAGGUGCAGCGUCUCCAGGAGGAAACUCUCCCAAGCCAGAGAGAAGAGGUUCACCUUUGUCUUGGCUGUGGUCAUGGGGGUCUUUGUGGUCUGCUGGUUCCCUUUCUUCUUCUCUUACAGCCUGUACGGCAUCUGCAGGGAAGCCUGUGAGGUGCCAGAAACUUUAUUUAAGUUUUUCUUUUGGAUUGGCUACUGCAACAGCUCCCUGAACCCGGUCAUCUACACCAUCUUCAACCAGGACUUCAGGAGGUCCUUCAAGAAGAUCAUUUGCAUGAGCAGGAGGAAGACUAUUACACACUGACAUCUACAGGGUGUUUGGCCUUUGGGUGAGACCCAAAAAGGUGGGGCAGAAUUGGCCAGACAGAGCUUGUCGCCAUAGGGUACCCAGGGGGUGCUCAGGUGCCGGCUGAGGUUUGGGAGAAGGAGGUGUCCAAUGAGCAGAUGGAAUAUCCAGAUACUUUGGGUCCCUAUCACGCUCUUUGGCCCUUGGGAUGGAGAUAUAUAUUAAGCGCUAUGCUCAUAUGCCCCUCUCCCCUCCAGAGAAUUCAUAGGAAGGUGCGCAGUUCUGCAGCGCUAAGUACAAAACUAUUGCGAGCAUUUCCCCUGCACCGGCGCUCACAGAAAGCUAGUGCGAGUUUGUUCAGGGGGGGAUUGAUGUGGUUGUUCUCUUUGUUCAGCAUCGAUUAUUUCCUACUCAGAAAGAAAGCUUUUACAGUCUGGAAAAUGAAUCAAUUUAAUAAUAAACGGUGUCCUGGUUUGUUAA